AUGAUGUACGGCUGUAGAUGCCUGAUCCGUUGGCACUUUUCGUCUACUACUCACGCCUCGUUGGUAGUAGGCUGUGAAAUUACAGCAAACACACUUCUCGUGCCGAUGAGUGUUGCCAUAGAAAUCGCACGCCCUACUUUGUGUCGGCCUCUUCUGAACCAUUUUAUACGAGCCUGUGGUGUAAAGCUAGCGGUGCCUGUGCAGUUGGAAAAUUUAAUUCGCUACUCAUAUCCCGUUAGUAGUCGAUUGGGAAUUUACGGCAAACACACUUCUCGUAUCGAUGCGUUUUGCUUUGCUUUGCUGUGCAUCACUUUCUUCUCUACAGACAGACUAGCAUACACGUUUGUUCGACAGAAGAGCCUGAGCAGACUCAGACCGGAUGAAAAUCAUAGUUCAGGUGGGUCGAGAAGGCGUGUCUAG